AUAAUACUUCGAUAUUUACGAUGGCGUCCAGGGAAAAAAUAUGCAUUCAGGUAAGUGUUUUGUACAGGUUAAAAAUUUAAUUUAUAGUUAGAUUUCCUUUGAUAACGCAUUUUGAAACGAUAAUUAAAGUUUUUUUCUUUGUGUAAAUAUGAUUUGUAUGUUUAUAAAAAGAUUUCUGUGUGCUACAGAAUUUUUGAAAUAGUGGUGUACACAAAUGUUCACAGAUUCACAGUGUGCUGCUGUGCUUCAAAUAAGUAAAGUAAAAAAAGUGCGAUUAAUAGGUUAAAUAGUGAAUUAUAGGAUUCGUACUAGCUAGAUAUCUAGUUGUCUAUCAUUGCUGUCAAUUUAGGUAAAAGUGCAGUUCAGGUGCGUAUAUUAUUUCUUAGCGCAUUUCGUAUUUUAACAUUUUUUAUCAUGUAAACUUACGUGUAUUCUUUAAUAAUUUAAUACAGGCAGUUAUAGUUAACUAAUUCUGGAUUAUAAAUCACAUCUUUUCUUUUUAUUUUGCUUCUAAAGAGUCUUUAAACAUCCCCCAACCAAAGUGACACAGCCCCCAUUUGUUUGUAUUUUUCUUUUUACGCUAUGCCAGAUUUUUAGCCACCUAUAUUCUAAUCUUCAUGCCAUGAAUCAUGGCAUGGGCGGGGGUGGCAUUUUUUCAGUCAUUUGCAGAUUUUUCUUCGUCUUGUAAGAUAUAGUAAGAGUAAGGCCAAGGCCACGGGGUUGGCAAAAAAAUGUUUCCUUGCCCUGAGCACUACUAACUCUAGAGUCACUGUGUUUGUGCAUAGGCAUAAAUGGGUAUAAAUGUACUAUUCAUUGUUACUCAUGUCACUGUGAUUGUAAAAGUAAAACCAUCAUUUAAGUAGUAAAGUUAAUUAUAAGUAUUAGUCAUAAGGCUUUACAGUACAGUAUUAGUAUUACAUUAAAAAGGAAGAGCAAUCCAUUCUAAAGGGAUUCCCAUCUGUAUGUUACAAACCAUAUGCACUGAAGAAAGGGUGGGAUUGCAAAAAAUUAAAUUAAAUGAUUUUACUAUGAUAUAUACUUGUUCUAAAGCUGACUUUUUUGUGAAAUAUUUCAGUUCAAUUAAGAAACAUGUUUUUUUUUUUUUUGGGNAGAAGGGGGGUGGGGGUCAGUUUAUGAGCAGGUAAUAGAAGAUUUUUUAAUAAUUUCUUUCAGGUGCUUAUAAUAAUAAAGUUGCAUUUAUAGAUUGUAGAGUUCCCAGUCUACUGUACUUUUUACAACGAAAAUUGAAUACAUUGCCAGAAGCUUUAACUUUAAAUAUUUAUAAAAAUCUGCUAUUGCCUUGAUUUGUUAAAAUACAUAACAUAAAAAACAAAGGUACCAGAAGUGGAUGGUGUCCGUAUUCAGUUCCUUUUAGCACCAGCAUAAUCUCAUCUUUGAUAUUCUUUGCUUUGGACAUUGGUACCAUAUUGCUUAAACUGGCAUAUUAUUUUAUGUUUUACCAUCAUGUGCUGGUUAUUACACUUUAUAGGCUAUUCCCUUCCAAAAUGGGAAGGGGUGGAUGUCGUCUUAUGAACAAAUGGGCUUUAGGGUGUGAAUCUGUGGUAGUUACUUACAUUAUAAUUUCUCUAACUAAAAUCCCAAUAGAACUUACACUGCAGCCCUAAUUCUUGAGACAUCUUUUUAUAAGAAGGUGCAGACUAAAAUACUUGAAUUUUACUAUUUAAUUGUUGGGGGUGGAUGACAUCCCAAUUGCCACUUUAUUCUUUAGUUUUAUUUAAUAAGCUUAUAAAUCUUUGGUUCAUUUUAACAUUUAAGGCCAUUGUAGCUAGAAGAAGCUUCAAAACAAAGACACGUUGCCAGGCCUACAUCCAAAUAAAAUGCUUUUGUGAUAAGAUAAAUAUGAGGCAUGAACUAUGCUCAGCAACUCAAAGAUAAAAUCUUAAAGAAAUUUACAAAGAAAACAGUUAGUAAUGAUUUGCAAAAAAUGGCUACCAGUCCAUCAAGCCCUUCUAUCACAGAAAAUGAAUGUGCACUAAAGCAAUGUUUGAAACGAUCACCGAUAAAUAGUAUGGAAUCAAGAGUAGAAGUCAAGUCAUUUGAGGUAAUUAUUAAAUUACAAUUGAGCAUCAAUAUUUCAAGCGCUGAUUAUCCAAACGGCUGAAGUUUUUUAUUAUAAUUAUUAUUAUUGUAGGCAAUGCUCUUGUCAUAAAACAUUUUUGUAAGCACCAGACAACAAUUGCAUCACCUGGCUCACCUCUAAAGAUCAUCUCUUUUCACAGAAAAAUUCAGGUCCCACCAGAUUUUGACAGUAAUGACCCGUUAAUUAUUAUUGUGUUGCAUGGUUGAUACAGUGUACAUUUUAACAGUGUUUCUUGGUCAAUACCCCCCAAUCACCUUCCCUGAAGAGCCUGAAAAACUUUGAAAAAAGACUAGAUGCUUAAAAAAAGACCAUUUUUAAAAAUAAUAAUAACAUGGAAGUGGGCCUAAUCUUCAUUAGAAAAAUGUUUGCAUUUUGAUUUUAAGCAACAAUUACUUUUAUCUGUAUAUAAAUGAAUAGUUUAUUAAAAAUCAUUUUUUAAACUUAAAUCAAUAACUAAAUUUUGUAGAUACUGUCAUAUAUGUAUAUAUAUAUAUAUAUAAUUUUCUUUGUCUAAUAUUUUUAGGAAAUUUAAAAAAAAAAAUUUCUUAAAUAAUUGUGAAGAUUUAACUUAAUCAUUACCAGACCACCUUUUAAAAAUAAAUAUUUCAUUUUAUUGCUUACCCCAGCCUAAAUCUAAAAGCCAAACAAUGUUAGUUAAUUGGAAAGAAGGUGGCGCUGCUAACUUUCACUACUCCUGCUGGGAUGCUCUGUUAAAGUCUGCUGCUGAUGCAUACAGACCAAGUCAAUUUCAUUUGUCUGACCUGGAGAGGACGAUGAUACUUGAGGCAAGAAAGACAGCUGAAUUGUUUGACUCACAUGCCAAGAUUUGUGGCAAUGCUGCUCAUAUUGCAGAGAUCCUCAAAGUCAGUCACAACUGUAUAGCUUUCACAGGUAAAUAAGAAUUUCUCUGAGGUUCUUCUUCUUCUAUAUAUUAAUGGCCCACGAUCAAUUUAUUGAUCAUUUUGGCUCCUAUGUAUGUAGAAGGGAUUUGCAAUGUUUCUGUGCCUGGUGUUGAUGAGGACAUUUCACUGAUUUCCAGUGCCACUUUAUGAGGAAAUUAUGCACUGGGGGUUUGAAGGCUUUAGGCAAUAGACACAAAUGAGUCUAGUGUUGUCGCCUCAACUGUUCCUUUUGAAAGCUUGUUCCAGUCCCUGAUUGUCUUGGGCAGGAAUGAGCAGCUCCUAUACUGGCUUCUUGUUGGUAUGAGCCUGAAUUGCCUGUCAUGGCCUCGUGGCUGUCUAUUGGGGAGAGGGACGAGUUUUUGUUUAAUACUGGAACAGUGGACCAGCCCAUUAUUUAUCUUGUACAUAAUGCCGUGAUGCUAAAGUUUAUCCAGGGACUUUUUAUUACAUUGUUUAUAUUAAAAUAAAAUUUAAAGAAACUGUUUAAAAUAUGACUAAAAAUGAUUAAUGAGUUUAUCUCCUCCACCAAUAAUUAUUAUAUUUAAUCGUUCUGUUUUUUUUUUAUUGUAGCAUGUAAGUCACGAAAAGUGACAAAGUUGAAAAAGACAAUUAACAUUAGUAAAGCAUGUCUUACAAUAAUCACAAAAACAUUUUUCAUGAACUUUUAAAAAUAUUAUUACAUAAUAAUAAAUGAUACUUCAAUUCAUGUGUGCAUGUAUCAUGUAUAAACAUGCAUAAAUAAAUCCUUGAAGGCCUCAAACUGAUUUUUUUAUACGGCUGUGAAGACAGGAAAUUAUUUAUUUUUUAAUACAUAUAGAUGGGCAUUUUUAUAUUUUUAAAAAAAAUGUUGAUUUUAAAACAUUUUAAAGGAAGACAAAUUAAUAGCUAAGGAUAUGAAAAUAAGAAGUUUGAAGUAUGAAAUAUGAAGCCCAGAGCUGCUAUUGGUUCUUUGCUCUUUCAUCUAUUUAUGAAUUCAAUGUGUCUCCAGGUGCUGGCAUUUCAACAGCUGCUGGCAUAGGAGAUUUUCGAGGGAAAGAUGGUAAAUGGACAAACCAGGACAAGAAAAAAAAUUUUGGUAUUUGUAUAAUUCAAAUUUUUGUUUUUAAUUCAGCACAGUGUUUCACUUGCACUUGUACCAUCCAGUAAGUUGUAAAUUGAUUUUAAAUAAAAUGCGUCAGACUUGUUAUAAUCCCAGGUGCCAACAUUUUAGUUAAAAUUCAUGAAAAGACACAAACAAAAUUAUUAGAAAAUAACUUAUAAGCGUAAAAGUACAGUAACUGACUAAUCAUUAAGUUUUGAUAUUGUUGCCAGCAUGAUAGUAGCAUUGUCUGCCUCUCAACCAAAAGGUGGUGGCUAGAAUGUUUUUGAGGUUCUUCCCAGUAUAUUGGAGUAAUUUAUUUGGAGGGGUUGGGGGGGGGGCAGUAUUCCUUCAUUGCAUGGGAUUAAACAUUAGCUUUUUUGUUAAAAAAACGGAGCUGUUUUUCUAAAUGUGGAAGGGAAAAAAAAUAAAUGUAAGUGCUAAAGAUACCAGAUUGUUCAACUGUGAACUUAAAAUGCAUCACACUUGAUGUUUACAACAAAAAUACAGAAUAAAAAAAUGCAUCUUGGUCUAAAGGCAAAACGUUUAGCCAGCUAAGAAAAAGUAUGGUAAAAAAUAAAUUGUUUCAGCUGAUGAUGGGUUAACGAUAGACAUCGACCAUGGCAGCAUAGUUGUAUACUUUUUUAAAAUUGUCGUCCAGAUGUUUAACGCAAUUAAAUAGUCAGAGCUUUUUAUUUGACAUGAUUUAUUAAAGAUAUUUUCGAAUAACUUGUUCUUUGUUUCUGUUUCAAGACCAUAACCCUAUUGUGAAGUACAGACUUGCAGACACACAAACAACUCUUUCUAUUUCUACAAACAGGCUCAGAUUCAGGACAAAACACCAGCCGUAGGCUGAAUCUCUCUGAGCUUCGUCCAACAUACACUCACGAAGCCUUGUGUAAACUGUUGGAAAUGGGCCUGCUUAAGUUCAUAAUCAGUCAAAAUACAGAUGGACUCCACUGCUUGUCAGGGGUGCCACCUGAAAAGCUGGCAGAGUUGCAUGGGAACUCAUUUGUGGAAAAGUGUGAAAAAUGUCAAACAAGUUAUGAAAGGACUUUUGGGGUCAGGAGGAGGCUGUCUGAGAAUUGUCCCCCCAGGCCAUGUCUGCAGUGUAAACUUGAUCACAGGACUGGAAGAAAAUGCUCCCAAACUGUAAGCUCACUCAUUAAUGAUCAUAAUUUUACAUCAGAACAACAAUGCCUUAGAUGUAUGAAUAUAUAUUCAAUUUUGGAACAAGUUUCAAAUGAAUCUUUUAUGUUUGAUAAUUAAAUCUCAUGCUAUUCAUGUGCUCUGGAGCCGUUUUAUUUUAGAAAUAGUCCCUAGCAUUUGAGUUCUGUUUUCUUGGCCUUUUCAACUCCGAGUGGAGCAUAGGCCAUCAACAAAUCUCUUAUCUUAUCCUUCUUUAUCUCUCUUUGCCAGGUGUUCUUUUUCUUGAUCCUCCUAGGGUAUGAUGCCAGUGCUUGCAUAGUUAUAUUUGGCAUCUGUUUUCUUAUAGUAUCACCUGUCCAUCUCCAUCUCCUUUUUUUAAAUUCUUGCACCCUUGAGAUUUGUGCUGUCACUCCCCUCACAUCUUGAAUACAAAAAGGAGGGGGUAGGGUGGUUUGUGCAACCAUCAAGUGAUUUCAGUUAAAUCACAAAAUUGAAUAUCAGUUGUCAAAAAAAUGUGAAAAUCAUGUUUUUUAAAUUUUAUUUUAAAUGAUGGUGCAAAAAUAAUUUUUGGGUAAUCUUAACCGCAGAAGCCACAGUGCAUUUAAAUAAGCUAUUGCUGUUUAACCAUGCGUGGAAACACAACACAACUGUGGACUGGGGUCCCUGAUUGUUCACUGGCCAAGUUCUUUGCAUCACACACACCAUUGCUAACAGAGGAAAAUAAAAUGUGUGUUGAUAAUUUACCAAAUAUUUGGGUUGCUACAUUAGUGAAUUCAUUAUGUGAAUCUCAACAGGGAUGUGAUGGUUGUCUGAUGAAUACUAUCAUUAACUUUGGUGACCACUUGGAGUCUAGAGUCUUAAAAAAAGCGGAGGUGGAAGCAGAAAAAGCUGAUGCAGUGUUAAUUCUAGGCUCAACUUUGAUGGUCUCACCUGCCCACUACCUGGUCACUAAAGGCCCUGAGCCACAUCGGCUUAUCAUUUGCAACAGGUUGAUCAAAUCUUAUUACUUUGAUUUGAAUUUUUAAAAAAAAAAGAUCUUUAGAUUUAAAAUAAUGUGUAGCAUGUAACUAUGAUAUGUAGCUGUGAUAUGUAGCUUAACUAUAUAGCUAUGAUAUGUAGCUGUGAUAUGUAGCUAGUGUAUGUGUAUGUAGCUUAAUAAUAUUUCAUGUAGUCAUGAUAUGUAGCAAUGCUAUGUAGCUUUGAUAUGUAGCUAUAUCACUUAACUACAUAGCUAUGAUAUGUAGCUAUGAUAUGUAGCUGUGCUAUGUAGCUAUGAUAUGUAGCUGGGGUAUUUAGCUCAGUAAUAUUUCAUGUAGCUAUGAUAUGAAGCUAUGCUAUGUAGCUGAGACCAAUAGCUCAGUAAAAUUAGUGUAGCUUUGAUAUGCAGCUGUGUAAUAGUACUAUUUGCAAGUGAAUAAUUAAACAAAUUUGGUUGAUCAGUUUAAAACAGAAGAAAACAAUUUAACUUGCUCUAAGGGAAAUAUUUCAGUUUAUUACACAUUUAUUUUUAGUUUUUUUAUGGUCAUCUUUCCACCCAGAGAAUUUCUUAACUAUGAAAGUACUAAAAUAUUGCCAACUAUAAUUAAAAGACAAAAAUAAUUAAGGGCUUGUUGAUGUCAAGAGUCAUGUAUUAAUUUAUUUACUUGUGUUCAUUUUCCCUUGUGUUUUUAAUUUGAAGAGAGAAGAAAUCUAAAGUAUAUAGGCUACGAUUUGAAAACUACUGCUAAGUAGAUGGGUUGACAGAUCAAAACAUAGAUUGUUUCUUUCAUUGUAUCCACUUAUGUGGAUUGUACCUUUCAUUGUCUGCUUAUGUGGAUUAUCUAUCAUUGUGUCUGCUUAUGUGGCUUGUAUCUUUCAUUGUAGCUGCUUAUGUGGAUUGUAUCUUUAAUUGUGUCUGCUUAUGUGGAUUAUCUAUCAUUGUGACUGCUUAUGUGGCUUGUAUCUUUCAUUGUGUCUGCCUAUGUGGAUUGUAUCUUUAAUUGUGUCUGCUUAUGAUGCUCUGCUGACUAGAGCAUUAUCUUAUUUUGUGAAACUUACUCAUACACUGUCAACGUUUUCACUCAUAAAAUGAGUAAAUGACUGUAUUGUAAUUUCUUUUUUUUAUUCUUGCUUCAGACAAGUCACCCACUAUGAUGAAGUCUGUACAAGAAUCGGACCAGACGGCGAGCAGCUGGGCUCAAGGGUGUUUGGGGACUGUGAUAAUCUUAUGAAGGAGCUCAUGAAGAAAAUACUUCCUGCUGAAGAGCUCUGUAGGUGGGAGGCAGGGAGGACUCAGAGGAUGAAAGAAUAUAACAAAAUGCGUGCUGCUUGAUACAUCUCAUCUCAUACCAAAAAAGAUGACAUGAACUAGCAAUCACGAACUGUUUAAACACAUGAUAUGUAAAUGAUCAAUUUGCCGAUGAUUUGAACACAUUAUACAAAUUAUCUCACUCCAACCAUUUAGACAUGUGAUAUUGUUUAGCAAUAGUCAGUAGACCAAUAAAAUAGACCUUUAUAGAGACAACU